AUGGCGACUGUCAACCAAAAUAUGUUUGCUGCCAGCAUAGCAGCUGAAAGAAGUCGCGGUGCAUCCUUAUUAUCGCUACCUUUGAAUCUGAUCGCCCUGAUUGUGUCAAAUGUCGAUGAUACCGGUGAUCUCGCUAGACUAUGUCAAACAUGUCGCGUUCUCAACUAUAUGGCGCUUCCGCAGCUUUACCGCGACUUGACCCUCACCUCCUACGAUAGGAUACGUUACCGCGGCGGACAUCCUGAAGGCAUCGGAAGCGCAAGUCCUUUCACCAUGGGACUGAAUGCUGUUAUCACUAGGCCAUUUGCGACACUUGUUCAAUCUAUAACCCUCCGAGGCGACUGGAAGGACCAAGAUCUCGAAGAGCACGCUCAACUCGGGAGAGUAACGGAUUCAGUCAUGCUCCUGAACAUUACUGCACGGGCGGCCGUGGAUCGCAUGACCAAUCUGCAGAGCUUCAGCUGGGAUCUCAACACCAAAAUGCUAGAUAUUGUAUACUCGGGCUUGACGCAGCUGCCGCAUCUGACCUCGCUAACUAUUCGAUUCCCCUCUACCCGCCAUCCACAGCCUACGUUUGUGCUACCGGGAAUGCCGCAUCUGCGGUGCCUCAAAAUCACUAAUAUUGAUCCACUGUGUUACCCCGACGAUAUCGCAACCAUGUUGUUCAAGAGCAGGAAAUUACAAGAUCUCAGACUACAUUGGUCACCGCGCAUGCGACUUGCGCAGGAACCCAGCAUCUCUCUACAUGAUUACUUCCGAAAGUGUAUCGCUGCAAAGCAGCCCCUUGCAGUGAAGAAGAUCUCCUUCCAGAACAUGUUUGCCUUCCACAGUGCGGAAUUUAAUGACGCAUUUGACCCGACGACGGUCGAAGAUGUCACAUUCCUUAGCGGGACGGAUAAUAUGAGUUUGGGCAACAAAUUUGUCGAGCACAGUUGGCCCGUGGCACCUCCACAUCGAAAACUAAAAAUCAAGUCCUGUCGAGUCGAUGCGAUAUCAAAACGAAACUCGGAAUUUCUAGAGAAUUUUAAGGGGCUAGAACGACUAUAUUUUGUAAAUGUGACUACAGAUUCCUCAGACUAUCUCAACUCGCCUCGACCCGCGGGGACAGGUUCAACUGCCCUCACGCCUCCUGUCACCGACUAUGCUGUCUAUAAUGCUCCAACUGGAACAACAAAUUCCCCUACCGUGGCCUCCCCCGUCAAUCAAUUCAAUGUGACUUUGAGUGUGAGAGAUAAAUAUCUCGCCAAUAUCAUGACGCAUCAUGGAGCUAGCCUUCGCCACCUACUGCUUUGCUCGAAAUGGCCGUUGUCGACCUCUAUGGUCGCGCGUCUGGUCCAUAGUUGCCCAAACCUGGAACAAUUAGCCCUGUCAACAGAAUUCUCCAGCAUAGAGUCACUCGGUAUGCUGGUUCCAUUCCUUCGGAGGCUGGUGGCGCUUCGACUCUUGAUUCCUGCAGGCUCCCCAGCACCUCAGACUGGCCCUGCAAACGGCUCUUCUAAUCGAGCACCUAAUAUGUCCUUCGACCCUCCUUUCAAGAUUAAGCAAUUGUCUUGGGCGGAGACAUCAAUCGAGCUCCCCAAGGACGUCGAGGAUGCGAUUUCCAACGCACGGAGCCUCGCGGAUCUUGUGGAUAUGGACGAUCAGCUGCUCAUGAAAAUGAUGAGUUUCGACUUAGCAGAUAAGAAAAUCUUUGGUAGGCUCAAGAUCGUUGGCUUGGGAUGGAAAGCGUUUGAGCUACGUGACUUUUACGAGUCUCCUCUCCAGGCCAAAAUAUCACCCCAGGUGGAUUCCCCAGAUGUCAAUCUUGAUACAUCUACCAGUGAACUCAACGGCAGCGAUGGUAGCGCUGGCGUUGUCACCAGCACACUCACCUCCCCCUCUCUAUCUCCCGCUCUUGCCAAUGGCGCAGAUAUCAAACACCAUCUAUCAGAUCAAACAUAUGUUGGACCGUCAUUAAAGAUACGUUCUUCAAUACUAGGGAAGCACCCACGAGAUGAUGAGGUUACGGAAUCACGUUCUCGUCCAUCCAUUCCCCUUUCGGAUUCUGAACCCCAUGACCUCGCCCUAUCUGGCCGUGUUUGCUUCCCCCCUGUCAUAACUGAGAGCGGAAACGUCAUGAGGCGUGGUAUGCGCCGAGUCGGCUGGGAUGUCCUGAAGCACUGGGAAAUAUGGGCUCUGGAUGCACAAGAGAUUUGA